GGAGAUGUGAAAAACUAAUUGAAGUGAAUUUGAAGUUAUUACAAAGAAUUGAAUCGAUUAAAGAAGUUUUAACGUUUAGUGAAAAAUAUAGUACAAGAAGAUAAUAAACAUCUAAAAUGCAUAGCGGGUUUCACAGCGAUGAUGAGAAUCAUCAGAAAAAGGAUGUGGUCGAUACGGCAUCAAUUAGAGAAAAGGUCAAAUUAGCAAGAUCUGAAAAAUGGAGAAUCUUGAAAAAUAUCAUUGUUGUGUCAGUUGCUUUUAUGGUACAAUUUACUGCAUUUCAAGGAACUGCAAAUUUACAAUCGUCAAUCAAUACGAAAGACUCUCUGGGAACAAUAAGUUUAGCUGCGAUUUAUGGAUCUCUCGUGCUGUCAUGCAUCUUCCUUCCUACACUGCUGAUCCGUAAAUUUACAGUCAAAUGGGCUUUAUUCUUCAGUAUGCUUUGCUAUGCACCUUAUAUAGCUGCACAGUUCUAUCCCAAAUUCUACACUUUGAUUCCGGCUGGAAUUCUCGUUGGUUUGGGUGCUGCGCCUAUGUGGGCUUCUAAAGCCACAUACCUCACGCAACUCGGACAAGUCUAUGCAAAGUUAACAGAACAGUCAGUUGAGGCAAUUAUUGUCAGAUUCUUUGGAUUCUUCUUCUUGGCAUGGCAAAGCGCUGAGCUUUGGGGAAAUUUAAUCUCGAGUUUGGUGUUAUCAUCUGGUGCUCACGGAAGUGGAGGAAGUGGAGGUUCAAAUUAUUCAGAAGCAGAAUUAGAUUUAUGUGGUGCUAGUUUCUGUGUUGAAGAGCUUCAUGAGAAUGCCAAUCUACAAAGACCUCCAGAUAGUGAAAUCUUUACAAUCUCAAUCAUUUAUCUGACAUGCAUUGGUGCUGCAGUGACUAUCAUUGCUAUAUUUAUGGAUCCAUUAUCUCGAUAUGGUGAAAGACGUCGUGGAUCAAUAUCAGCACAAGAAACAUCAGGCAUACAACUACUUGCUGCAACAAUUAGACAGAUGAAAAAACCUAAUCAACAACUUCUUAUACCACUUACUGUUUUCAUUGGCAUAGAACAAGCAUUCAUUGGUGCCGACUUUACUCAAGCAUAUGUUUCAUGUGCACUAGGCAUUCAUCAAAUAGGUUACGUAAUGAUUGUUUUUGGUGUAGUCAAUGCAAUCUGUUCAAUUAUUUUCGGAACGAUCAUGAAGUACACUGGUCGAUUUGUAAUCAUUAUUUUUGGGACUGUCGUGCAUAUGGGAAUAUUUACAUAUAUCUUAUUCUGGCGCCCACAUCCUGACCAUAAAUUUGUAUUUUUCCUAAUUAGUGGAUUAUGGGGAGUUUCUGAUGCUGUGUGGCAGACACAGAUUAAUGGAAUUUAUGGUGCACUUUUUAGACGUAAUAAAGAGGCAGCAUUCUCAAACUAUCGACUGUGGGAAUCAGUGGGAUUUGUUAUAGCAUAUGUCUAUUCAACAUUGAUCUGUACAAGCAUGAAGCUUUAUAUUGUAAUCACAGUAUUAGCAAUUGGAACAACUUGUUACAUUAUCGUAGAAAUUAGACAAUUGAGAAAGGAACGAAAACAAAAAGAGCUUGAAAAGAAACUCGAAGAGCCACACAACCAAUUGCCUGUUGAACCAACGAGAGGAAUUGAUGACGAGACAGACGAUGAGAAAGAUGAGUUGGAAGAAGAUAUUGUAGUUACUCAUUUGUAGAACAGAACUUUAUUAAGAAUAGAUUAGAUUCUACAUGUAUUGUUGAUAUAUUAAUUGUUAAUUAUUUAUAUAAGUAUGUAUAAGUACUUAAGGUAUCGAUAACUUAUAUUCCAUUGCACUGGGCUGCGAAAUAUAAGCGGGACAUUCACAAAUGGCAUCAAACCUACCAGUCAUUUGUGAACAACUCUUAAGCUUAUUGCAAUUGUAUUUAGAUAAAAAUAAAUGUAAAUCAAAACUACUUUCCAUUGAGAUGAUUUUAGGAACUAUGAGUCAUUUUAUAGAUCCGCACGGCUAUGAUAAUAAUAAUAUUAAAUAAUGAUACAAAUCCGUAAUGAUAAUAAUAAACAAUAAUUGCAUAUAUGAACUUAUAUUCACUUCUAAAUUUAUCACUUAGUUUAACAUGAAUUAAAAUACAAAAAUGCUGUACACAUCUUUCAGGCAACAUGACAUCAUGGUCAAUUAAUCUAUAAACAUCUCAGUUUCAUUUGAGGUAUUUCUCUUAAUGUUUUGUUUUGGCUUUUUUAUUAUCUAUCGCAUGGCGUGUCUCUAUAUGAUUAUUUCUAUCGCUCGAACGAGGUUUUUUGAUUUUCUUCAUUUCAUUUUCGAUCGCAAUCUGUGCUGAUUGAUUCAAUUUCACCUGCGCUUGAGACGGAAUUUUCUUUACAUCUUUCGUAGGUGGAUUUUUUCUCGGGUCCGAUGAUUUUGAUGCAUGCACAUUUGGAUCAUUUAAAUUCUUCGGUACUUUAAAUCCUCCGGUUGUCGGUAAUUGUCUUGUCAUUGCAACGGAUGUCGGUGAUGAAAACUGCUUGCCAGAUGACGCUGAUGUGAUAUUUGAUACAUUUGAAGUGGUUGGAAGAGUUUUAAUUGCUUCUGAUUUUAUUGUUGAAUUAUCGGGAUUUGAAAGUUCAAGUUCUUCUGCUUCCUAAGUGGUCAUGCAAUUAAAAUA